AUGGCUUCUCUUUGCAAACUCUUCUGCCUCUGCAAUCUCAUUCUUCUUGCAAGGCCCACUUUCUCCCUGCAAUCUUAUGACAACACCAAUUGCAAUAAACUAGAGCAAGUCCCCGCCUCCGGCUACCGCUGCAACGCCAAGAAAUCUUCAUGCGACACCUUCAUAGUCUACAGAGCUCAAGAGGGUUACCAAGCACUCUCCCCCAUAGCCUCCCUCUUCAACACAACCCUCGCCCAACUCCACCCUUUCAACAACAUCUCAACGCCAAAUUUCAACCAUCUCAAGCUCGGACAAGAUAUCAUUAUUCCCGUAAGAUGCUCUUGCCUCGACAACUACUACAAUGCAGUCCUUCUCUACAAUGCUUCUCACUCGGGUGCCUUCGACACUGUGGCCUGUGGAAUUUAUGAAGGGUUGGUGAAGGCGGUGGUUCUCCGGGAGAAAAACCCGGGAUUCGACCCCAAGGACCCCAGCAGCUCUAUGCUUCAAGUGCCCAUAAAAUGUGCUUGUCCUCAUGCAUCCGACAGAGAAAACAGAAUAAAAUACCUUGUGACAUAUCCAGUGAUAAAGGAUGAUAAUACUGGUUCGAUUGCCAAGAAAUUUGGAGUGCGGGAAACAAUGAUCUUGUAUGCCAAUAGACUAGAAUCACUUACCGCCAUCUUCCCUCAGACUACCUUGUUAAUUCCCACUGAGAAUGCACCGGUAUUGAUCAAUUCUAUACCGGAAGAUCCUCCUCCUAGCCCUCAACCAGUGACUCUAGACGUUUUACCCAGCGAAAAUUCGUCUUCUAAGAACAGAUCAACUCUGUUCCUUGUAGGAAUUUUAUCCGGGGCAUCAGGGCUGGUGGUUUUAGCUUGUGGGGUCUUAGUGUUUUCAUGGAGAAUGAAUCAUCCUCGCAAUUUCGAGCCUUUAUCCGACAGGAAUUCCAGGUUGUCCAAUUUUUCGCCUGAUCUUCUCGACGGAAUGUCCAAGCUAAAGAAUUCUCUGGUCAGCUUCAGCCUGGAGGAGCUGAGGGCUGCCACCGGGGACUUCAGCCAGGGUUCUGUGAUCGGCGUCGGAGUCUAUCGUGGCAGGAUUGGCGGCGCCUACGUGGCCAUCGAGCAGAUGAGUUCGAAGGAAGCAGCCAACCAUGUCAUUGGCAUAUUGACAAAGAUCAAUCAUGUCAAUGUGGUGAAGCUGGAGGGAUGCUGCUAUGGCGCGGCGCCUUAUCUGGUGUACGAAUUUGUGGAGAAUGGUAGCUUAAGGGACUGCCUGUCGAACCCGAAGAAGGCUAGGCAGCUCAAAUGGGGAAGGAGAAUGCAGAUUGCGUUCGAUCUUGCAGUGGGACUUCAUUACUUACAUUACUGCACAAAGCCUGCUUAUGUCCACCGAAACAUCAACAGCAAGAAUGUGCUCGUAACCAUGGACUGGAGGGCCAAGAUUUUCGGGUUCCGAUCAGCGAAAGCUGUGACCAGCAGCUGGGAGAAGGAAGAGCCCAAGUGGAACGAAUGUGUGACCUCAGGGAGAGAAGGGUAUUUGGCGCCUGAACAUGUUUCUUAUCGGCAGGCUUCCAGUAAAGUGGAUGUGUACGCAUUUGGUGUGGUUUUGCUGGAGCUCUUGUCGGGCAAGGAAGCCACUGCGGAUGGCAAUUUGGUGAAGGAUGUUAGGGGGCUUCUGGAGGAUGGGGCGGUGAAGGAUUCGGGUGAGUGCUUGGAGAAGUUGAAGAGACUGAUGGAUGCUGCUGCGUUGGAGGGAGAAUAUGAAUACCCUUUGGUUGAUGCCAUGUGUUUGGCACUCUUGACAAGCGCAUGUCUGGACGAGGAUCCCCUCCACAGACCCACCAUGAAUGAUGUCUUCAAGGCCCUUUCCAGAUUCAUUUGA